AUGCAGGAAGUUUUUAAUUUAAGUCUAGGGCUGUGCCUGAUUGCCAGCUGCUGCAUUUCCUUCUGCCACGCAGCUCUGAUUUAUCCUACAAAUUCGGAAUAUGGUCUCUUUGUGGCCAUAUCCGUGCCAAUUAGUCUGCCGCAUCGCAAUGUGUUUUUGUCGUACAAUUACGAGUUCAAUUACUAUCAUCCGGAGCACGUUUACAAAUUUCCACCUAUUUUGAUGGGUGAAGAUUUCGAAGAUGGCUAUCUUACGUAUCCCACUCAUGAUGCAACGCAAAGCCGACAGUUUCGAGAAAAACGCGAGUUGUCGCUGAUGACACGGAAAACCUUCUACACAAUACUACGCGAUAAGCUGGACAGAUCUGGCUAUCCCGCUGAGGCCUGUCUGCUGCGCAUGAUUUGUGAGACGAACGCCUCAGCGCUGGGAGAGAUAAAUGGAUUCUUGGGUAACAUUGUGCAUGUUAUUUUCACACCCAGCAGUUCCAGAGAUGAGCAGCUGUCCCCUGUUUACUAUCAGGCCGAGGCGGAUGGACAGCAGCAGCAAUGCUCGCUCUAUGACAGCGACUGCCCCUACAAUGUUAUGGAUCUGAUCUCAACACCCGUGGAGCGAAUACUCCAAGACAUCGUGCAGAGAAGAAGAAGAAAAUAA